AUGCGGAUCGGCGCCCACCCCUCGUUGCUCUUUCCUCCUCCUGCGGUGGCGGCAGCGGCGGUGUACGCCUGCGCCGCGCCCUCUCCCCUGCGCGGCACCUCACGCACCACCGCCGUCGGCAGCGGGCCGCUCUUCCGCAUCGCCUCGUCGAAGUUGCAGCGGUGGUUGAGGGCGGGGGCGGCGGCGAGGCACCCGCCAGCGCAGUGCAUCGCCAGCAGUAGCAGGAGCGCCGCCAGCGGGAGAAGCGGCGCGGGGCAGCGUGUCCGGCGCAUGGCUCGGGGAAAGCGCGUGUGUGUUGGCUUGCUGGGAGUGGCUGUGUUGGCAGCGGCAGUUGCCUUGUCUGCAGAAGAAGAAGGAAUUAAUAACAAAAAAAGGUUUCUGCAGUUAUGGUGUUUGUGUCUCUUGGUUUAG